CUUUUCAUCCAGAUUUUCUUGAACUUCGGUGAUUGAGGCAAAUAGUUGUUACGUCCCAUUAGAUGGACACAAUUGUAUAUUUGAUACAUAUAAAAAGAUAUACACUGAAACUUUGUGCGAACACGCUAUAACGCGUUAUAACGUUCGACUUCUGCCGCGCUGUUAUUGUCACAUACCUGCAGCCCGUGCGACAGUGAAUAUCUGUAAGCGUAACUCGGAUCACUAUGGCCGAUAUUCAUAGCCGUAAAAUGUCUGUAAUAUGAAAAUGGUCUUGCACAUGCACAAUAAUUCUGCAUGACCAAGUCUCAUAUCACAGUCAUUUUACGGCUAUUGAUUCACUGUUAACAGAAAAGCUUAGUUUUCGGAGUAUUUUACAAGUGUGCUGAAGCGAUCUGUAGUGUUUUUUAUCAAAACAUCAUUUUAUUAGAAAAUGACACGCAAGACUUCUCAUCGUGUCAUUUCUCGCUUCUGACGUCAUAAUUUAACAUCGCCGCGGCGACAACCCAGGAACCUUAAGAGACGUCAAAGUGAUUUUAAUUUUAUUAUAGGUAGAAUAUUUGUAACGUUUUUAGACAGUGCAGCUACGAUAACACAGAUUGUAUAAUAUAUGUUAUAUGUAGAAUAUAUGUUUACUGUACUAUUUUACAAGUAUAAGAAAUAAGAAACAAUAUUUCUCAUUAUAGAUAAUGAGUGUGCCAUUAUUUUAUUUCUCCGUUCUCUAUUCCACAAGGUAAAAUAAGAAAUAUAAUAUACUUAGCAUUUUACAGUAAUUGAAUUAAUUAAAACUAAUCAAAUUUUAUGUUUCAAAGAUAUACGCAAUUGUUGCUCUUACUAACCAUAAUUUAUGUGACAGAAAAAAUAAUUUUUAUAAGAAAAGUAUUUUGUUAUCGUAAUUUGAUAGAAUCCGGAACCAGAAAAUUAAAAUUACCAAAAUUACAAAUGUUUUUUUACUAAUUUUUGCAUUAUUUAUAUUGUUAAUGCAAAAUACAAUAACAGUUUAGAAAUAUUAAAUAUGUUUAGAAAAAGUUUUUAUACAGUUCUUUAAAUUGUAUGUCAUUAUUAAGAAUGUAUUAUCAUUAAUAUUAAAUGUAUUAUCAUUUAUAGUGUUAAUUAUUAAAGUAUAUAAUGUUAAUUAAUAAAGUAUUUCUAUAAUCUAUACAUAUAAUCUCACUCUCUCUCUCACACACACACACACACACACAAAUGCGUUACGUCCUUUUAGUAACAAAUAUCUAGAUUUUAAAUGAAAAUUAUACUAUGGUUUACCUGAAAAGAUAUUAUUGCGUCCGGGCGAUACUCACUGGACACACUCAUAUAAGCAUUCGCGACAUACGCGGGAGGACUCGCGGCGCGCAAAGGAAACACCACACUUAACUAGAAACUGGCUUUUAUUUAAUAAAGUGCAAACUCGUUACGAUACGUGCUGUUGGCCCGAGGCCUUGUUACAGUCUGUCUCUUUGAUCUUGUUAAUUCCGUCUCUUGGCAGUCACGACCCUCAGCUGGACAACGACGAUCGGCAUCCGGCAGCGGGUGGCUCAUCCACAUCGAGUCACAAUAUUUUGCGGGAAGAAUAAUAUAAUCAAAACUAUGUGCACUCAAAUGUAAUACAGGUACGCGAAGUUUUUAAAAUUCACCUGGCUAAAUUUUAAAUAUUCUUUACUUUAGUAAUACUGUCAUAGUUGUUGACGCGUAACAUCGAUUGACGAAUGUUCCAUGCAAAAUUGCAAACAACUGUAUUAUAUGAGCAUAGCUAAUAAAAUAAGGCAAGUAUGUACGCGCCGGUUGCAGUAAAAAGAGUGACUAUGCUUGCGCACAAUUUAAUCAAGAAGUUAUUUUAUAGAGAGAAUUUUUUGUGAGAAAUGAACAUUUGUUAAAUUUCCAUUGCGUGGAAUCGAUCACUUAAUAGCAGCCUUUUUCUUGAAAACAUUGUAAGACAAGUUUGUUCAUUUCUUGGUCAGUAAGAUAACUUACGUUAAACAUUUAUAAUAAAAGAAGAAAAUUCUAAAAAAUAUUGAUUUCAUUUCUGGAAAGGUAAAGAUAUUCAUCUUUAACAAUUCGCAGUCAAACGUAUUGCAGUGCUUGCAGAAUGGUGAUCUGUAUCGUGACAGAACACCUUAGACUUAUGCGAUUUUACUUACUCGCAGUUGGUCUAUGGCCUUAUUAUCGAACAAACUUAGUUCGACUUCAAUUUUUCUUGUGUUUUAGCAUUUUACUUAGCUUUGUUAUAUUCCAGCUUACACCAUUCCUGGUUGAUGAUUGCACUGUUAACAUUAUCAUUAAAAAUCUCUCAAUAACGUCAUAUUUUUCUAUAUAUAUGAUUGCACAUGUUGCGGGUUGGGCCAGCGACGAUAAGAUAAAGGGUUUACUGGAGCAUCUGCAACUUAUUUGUAAUCAAUUGAAAGACGAAAACGAAUUUGCUAUUAUAAAAAAAUACGGGAACCAUGCAAAACGUUAUGCAGCUGUUCUUACAUCAUUUUCCAUGUGUAGCAUGUUUGGUAUUAUAGUAUUACCAUUCUGGCCGCGUAUUUUAACAAUUGUUUCGCUCAUAAACGAGUCUCAAACAUAUGCCAAAGUGCAAAUUACAACUGAAUAUUUUAUUAAUCAAGAAAAAUACUUUUAUCUAAUUUUGCUACACUUAGAAACAGUUCUUUGGAUAGGAACAUCUACGUUAAUGGGAAUAGGAUUGUUGCUCUUAGGAUAUUGCCAACAUAUGUGUGGAAUAUUUAGUAUUGCUAGUUAUCGCAUCGAGCAUGCAAUGAGCAUGCUCGAAAAUAGUAGCUUGGACACUGAACUUAAAAUGUACAAGGAAAUGACUUACGCCAUUGACAUUCACUGCACAGCUAUAAAGUACUCCGAGUUGUUAACAUUGUCUUUUGAAAACAUAUGUCUCCCUUUAGCACUGCUUAUUGUCAUUUCCACGAGCAUGAAUCUUUUUGGGAUUUUCAAGAAUAUGUUAAUUGAAGGUGAUAUAGAAACAUGUAUGCUUCAUGUUAUAAUAAUAGGCGUCCUCUUUAUAUUGUUAUACUUGCUGAAUUCUCUUGGACAAGACAUCACAGAUCACAGUAAUUACGUGUUGUCUACUGCAUAUAAUGUUAAAUGGUAUAUAGCACCAUUACGUAUACAGAAGCUAUUAUUAGUUUUGUUGCAAAGAGGUAACAAAACUUUUACCUUAACAAUCGCUAAAAUGCUCUUGCUAUCUAGGGAGAGUUUUGCCACACUAACGAAAGCAUCGAUAUCCUAUUUUACUAUUCUAUAUUCUAUGCAGCAAUAAUGCGCAUAUAUAAGUGCAUAUAUCUUGUUAGAAUGUUUCUCAUAUUACUGAAUAAAUUAUAACAGUUUUUAAUUGAA